AUGUCAUUUGGUAAUGAAUUUAGUACGAAUCGUCAAUUCCAGAAUAAUUGUCACAAUAUCACUUAUCACUUUCCUUCUUUUCAAGAAUCGUUUCCGAAUUAUGGAACUUACCAAUUUGGUACUCCAACAGAAUCUAUUAAUACCAUUACGAAUACUCGAUCUUUUCCUUCUCAAAUGGAUAUUUGUAAAAUAACAAAUUCGAAUUGCUCUCAACAAUUUUCCAACUGCACACAGCAAAUGAAGGAUUUAAGACUUUUAAAUAAUAAUUGCAUAAAUGAUGACAAAGCAACUGAUCUAUCAGCUCAUCGUGAAUCCGAUUAUGAAUUUCAUCGCCCAUAUUUGAAAUUAACAAGAUUCGCUAAAGAAAAUAAUUUCUGUUCGGGUCGAAAUCCUGGCGCUCCUUCAACUCCUGAGGAAUACCUUAUUGUAGAUGGCGCUCAUGAAAUAUAUUCAAGAAAGGUAUUUGUUGGCGGGUUACCUAUUGAUGUUAGCGAAGAAGAGAUUUCAUCAACAUUUUCUCAAUUUGGUCCAGUUCACAUCGAUUGGCCUCGUCGUUUGGAAAGUUCUCAAAAAGAUUGUUCUAACCAGUUAAAUCGUUCUCGUUCUAUGACUGGUUAUGUAUUCUUAGUGUUCGAAAAUGAGCUUUCAGUACGAUUGUUGGUUACCACGACUGAUGGAGAGAAAGGCUUCUCGUUUCGUUUAUAUACAGUUUCUGUUUCAUUUGAAAAAAUGAUCGAAGAUGAUAAAAGAAUUAGAAAGUUUAUUAUAGCACAAAUUCGUCCGUGGCGUUUAUGUGACAUUGAAUAUAUGCCGAAUCCAGAUUCACCUCUGGAUCCUCGACUUACUGUAUUUCUUGGCGGCUUACCACGGCCGACGAAAGCUGGCAACGUUUACGGUACAGUGAGUUAUGUUGGUAUCGAUAUUGAUCCUGAAUUAAAAUAUCCAAAAGGUGCUGCUCGUGUGGCAUUUUCUUCUAUUUCUAGCUUCAUUUCAGCUAUCAGAGAUCGAUUUUUUCAUAUGCCUCAUACUGAUAUUACUAAAAGGGUUGAAAUCAAACCUUAUGUAAUGGAAGGUCAAAUGUGUGAUGAAUGCAAUGGAUCCUUAUGUUCUGGGCGUUAUGCAUCAUAUUUUUGUGGCGAUAUUUGUUGCUUACAAUAUUAUUGCGAAAUUUGUUGGGAUCGGUUUCAUUAUGCUGAAUCUGUUGAUGCAAAACGUUCCUCUCAUAAGGCCAUAAUGCGAUCUGGAAACCAAAUACAGGAAUUCAUGCAUCCUCCACAUCAUAAACGUUGUUAUGAAAAUAGUUCCGCAUUCUGUGAGUGUUAA